AUGAAGAACAGCAAAGAGUCAGUCAAGCAAGAUACUAAGGAUGAUUUAAGCAGUAAAGAUGAAGAACAUUUUAACACUGAAGAAGAAAAACAAGAUUCUGACAGUGGUUCUCAAGAUUCAGAUGCUCUGAAGGAAGAAAUUGUUUGGAGAGAUGAUAUGGCUUUCUUUCAUCACUUGAUCACUUGUUACAGACAGUUUAAGAAAACAGGAUGCUUCCCUAAAUCAGCUGAAGGUCAGUCAUCAUGUGACUUUAUUACUGGCACGUGGAGUGACAUCUGGUUUUCUGGUCAGGUUUAUAAUCAGGAUAACUACAAUAAUUUGGCAGCCGUUUGCAAAGAUCACUCAAAGGCAAUAAAGACUUUAAGGACUUUUUGGUCGGUUGAGCCGACUCCAAUCUCAACUCAAAGGUCAAACAUUUGUGCUGAACGUGCAAUUAAAGUUCUGCAGGAUUUACUUCUAUUGUGCAAAAGCAUUGAAAAAAUUAACAUUAAAUUUCUUUUGACAAAUGAACACUAA